GUCAACAAAUAAAACUGCAAUGGUAGACUACGGCACGAUGAGGCGUUAAUGCCAAGAGAGAUAAGGAGAAAAUUGACUACAUCCGGAUCAGCUCCUGUUCUAGACGAUCUUUACUGAUCUCUGACCCGCCUCUUCUUCUCCGUCUGCUCCAAUCUAUUCGCAACAAUGGGCUCUUGGACGACAUAUAAACGAUUAACCUGGCAACGCUUGUCGUCCUACAUUCAUUGCUUUACUAUAUGUGAUAGACGAUAUGCUCGUCAACAACCUCUUCUACUUCGUCGCCGCCCUGGUAACGUCUGCGUUUACCAUGGCCCAAGAUGAUGGCUGGCAUCUCGACUACGUUUAUACCCUCGUGAACGAGCAGCUGGAUCCUAUUGCCUUUCCCAACGGACAGUCUGCCCACAUGCACAAGAUUAUAGGUGGUUCUCGGAUGGCGGCCUACUAUAACUUCGAUUAUUACAAGUCUGCAAAAUGCUCUUCGCUGAGGGUCCAAGCGGACAAAUCCAAUUAUUGGAUGCCAAACCUUUAUGUCAUCAGCAAGAGUACUAAUGGCAACACCAUGUAUACACCUGUGUCUGCCAAGAUCCGGUUCUAUUAUUUCCUCUCUAGAAGUACCAAAAAUGAGGCAGUUAUCCCAUUCCCCAAAGGCCUUCGUAUGGUCGCCGGUAACCCAGACAACAAAGCCGUUACCAACGUCGCUUCGUUCACAUGCCACGUGAAUGCCGAUUUCAGCGACAGCAUCACUGCGGACAACUUCAAUUUCGACCGCGACUGUCCCUACGGUAUGAGAACUGAGUUGUUCUUCCCGCCUUGUUGGGAUGGCAAGAACCUAUACAAGUCGGAUGGAUCCCACAUGGCGUAUCCCAGUCAAAAUGUCAGAUCAGGUCGAUGCCCUUGGACCCAUCCUGUUAGGCUUCCGCAUAUCCAGUUGGAGUAUACUUGGCAUGUGUCCAAUGUUGGACCUGGCCUACCUUUGAAAGGACGAUUGGCUUGGGCAAACGGUGACACCACUGGCUACGGUGUCCAUGGGGAUUUUGUGAACGGUUGGGAUUUGGACGUUUUAAGAAGGGCUAUGAACGACCCAUCAUGUGUCGGAAUCAAGAAGACAAUUCCAAUGCAGGAAUGUCGCACUCUCAACAACUAUUUUGACGACGCGGCCGCUGCAGCUUGUACCGCUGAGCUCGGUACCCUCGUUGAACCAUACGGUAACGUCGAUAAUGUUGCUGUUCCCGUUCUCCCCGGCUGCAAUCCUCUUUGGGGCCCCAGCGGAUCUAAGCCUACUUGUAAUCCUCCAGUCCCCAGCCUCGAUAUCUCCAGAUUCAAGGGCAACGACGGUCGAUACAUUGCUGAGGACGAUGAGCGGCGCGAUUUUGUCCUCCCCACAACGCCUGGCUGGAAGAAUAUUGCCUGCUUACAUGACAUUACCUCAGUUUCUGGCGGUGUGUCUUACAUAGACCAUUCUCUCACUGUUAGUUCAUGUCAGUCCCACUGCCUUAUUGCAGGGUAUCAGUAUGCUGCAACAGGUCAACAAGGUACCCUGUGGCAUUGUGUUUGUGGUACGGCUAUCAGCGAUACGGCCACAGUCGAGACUGGCAUGUGCCUCACUGCUUGUCCUGGUGAUUCGUCUCAAUUGUGCGGUGGCUCCUACAUUUAUAACGUUUUCUACGCCCCUCCCGGAACCACCAACUCCGAUUCUACCAAUGUUCGUGCGGACGGUUCCAAGUAUGUUGGCUGUUAUAGGAACCCUUCCAACCCUUCCACUGGUCUUUUAGGCGCUUCUACUUACCGUUUCCAGUCCAACUCCAUGUCUACUGAAAUUUGCAUCAGUGCCUGUGCUCAGAAAGGAACUAACUGGGCGCUCACCACUAGUCAGAGGUGGUGUUAUUGCGGUAACGACUGGAACUAUGGUUCUGGCGCCAUCGUACCCACCUCUCAGUGCACUGUUUCGUGUAAUGGGAAGCCUAGCGAAGUCUGUGGUGACUAUUACAAGUCUUCAGUUUAUGACAUUACCUCUGUCAAGGUUAGCCCCUCUACUGCUGUCCAUCUUGCUGGUUAUCAGGGCUGUUAUGAGGACACUGGCAGCCGCCUUGGCAUGACGAAAAAUAGCUGGAUGUCGACCACCAUGACUCAAUCGCAGUGCAUCAACGGAUGCUCCGAGCUUGGAUAUUCUUAUGCCGGUAUUUUUAGAGGCAAUCAGUGCUACUGCGGCAAGCCCAACUCCAAUCUCGUCAGUCUUCCUGCCAGCCAGUGUCAAAAUCAGUGUGCGGGUAGCUCGAGCAUUACUUGCGGCGGUUCAGCAGCGAUGGAUCUUUACACUGUUGCUGCCGCCACAGUAACUUCUGAGACUGUCGCUUCCAAGAAGCCUUCUGGUUACAUUGGGUGCUUCAAGGACCAGGGGUCUAGCGCCGCGUUCAUUGGCAAUGUCUACACUUACAGAUCAAACUCCAUGAACCCCGAAACAUGCAAGCAAGCUUGUCUCGAAUUUGGUUACACAUACGCUGGAUUGUGGAAUGCAAACGAAUGUCGCUGUGGCAAGAAUUAUCCUGCUAGCCAGCAAAUGGUCAGCAGUCUCUACUGUACGGCGCCUUGCUCUGGUAGCUCUAGCCAGACUUGCGGCGCUGGCGGGUACCUUGAAGGGUAUAGCCUCGCACACACCAUCUCCACAGUCAGCAAACCCGAUGGCUGGCUCGGAUGCUAUACUGAUAAUCCCAAGAGCCGUACUCUUCGAGGUUAUUUCUACUCUGCCAGCGGCAUGACCUCCAAGGUUUGCCGAGCCACUUGUGGUAACAAUGGCUUCACUUUGGCUGCUGUUGAGUACAGGACACAGUGUUUCUGCGGCAACUCUCUGUCGAGCGGCACCCGAGCUCCAGCGUCUUCUUGCAGCAUGGCAUGCUCUGGCAACAGGAGGGAGACUUGUGGGGCUGCCGGCUACCUUGAUCUCUUCAAGACCACCGUGUAAGGAUACAGAGGAACGGGGGUAGGAGGAAGAGAAGGUGGAGGGCGAGAGGAAGAAAGGGAAGUAGUUUUGGGGCGCCGAGAGGAGAGAGAGGGAGGGAAGAAGGAGAGAGGAAGAGUAGGAGGACCGUCGUGCGAGGAGGCUUAGGGAGGAGAGAGGUCCGAGCGGAGGGUACAGGGCGUUGUAAGGUGUCUACGAAUGCAUAAAGAAAAAAGAAAGAACCAAGAGGGUGGUACACCCGAGCAUAGGUAAACGCGAUUCCGAUUUUGCUGGAUGGACGUGGGGGCUGUUUCGUGUUUUGAUGGCUUUAUUUAUAUUGUAUUUAUAUUGUAUUUUUUACUCCAACUUUUGUUUUCUGCAACUUUGUUCCAACAUCGCUCGUUUCAUAGAUUUUCCUUCGUACUAUUAUUUGUAUUACAUAUUUAUGGUUAGUAGUCGCUGGGC